AUGGGUGGAACAGUGUAUUUCGUCGUUGGGAUGGAUGACGGGAGCAUCACGUCCUUUUGUGCUAAUGAGAUGGGCGCGGCGGGCCUCGGGCUUGGAGGCGGUAUUGAAGGGUUUAAGGAUCGUGGGUUCUGGAAGUCAGAGAUGGAGCAGAAGAUGCAGCGAGACGGGGAGGUGGGGGAACGUCGAUUGGUCAAGAGCGAUUCGAGCGUUUGCAACUGGGGUUUCAAGCUCCCCGGGAUGGUGACCGGAACCGUUGUGAUUGAGAACGGGGAGAGAAAUCUGGAGGUUAUCGUGUCCUCCCUCUCCAACGCCUUUGCCCACCAGCGCCUGAGCAAGACGGCUGACUUCAUCCCACGUACCCGCCGUCCCGCGGGCUCCUACUUCGUGAGGUCCAACAUCUUGGACCAACGGCCAAUCCUAUCAAUGACCUGCUCCCCAGACAAGCGGACCAUAUUCUACGGCCUGGAAAAGGGUGUCGCAUUUAGACAAGUCGACAAUCAGGCGCACAUUAGAGAGGCCGUAACAGGGCUGAGAACCGACAUCUUCGCCGUCUACUGCCUCCCCUUGGAUGCACCCUCCCAUACUGGCUUCCUCGCAGGCGGGCGCGACGGCAAGGUCCGCCUCUUCGACGUGCGUGCGAACCCUCAGACCUGUGCGCCCAUCGUGCUCAACGUCGGCAGCGUCCGGCACAUCGGGGGUUUAAGUGGGACUGGGCUCGUCAUCCGCUGCGUAGACUCCUGCGCCAGAUACGACCUACGCAUGUCACAGGACAGCAAGGCGCCCGACGCGAAGAGUUAUGCCGCGUCCAUGUUUCGCGUCCCAGACGGCGAUGGAAGGAAGGGUGGCUUCGACAUCUACCAUGAGGUUGGCUUGGUCGCUGUCGAGGGCGGUGGCGUUGGCACUGGCCAUGGCGGCAGCGGCAGCAACGAGAAGGCGGUCUACUUGUUCGAUAUCGAUAGUAGCGAUCUCGUGGCCAAAUUUCCGCCUGGUCAGGUCAGGUUAUUGAAGCCGGAGGGGGGCUAUGGGUGGCCAGCUGUGGUGAUUUCUGGGGAGCGUGGGGUGGUCGUUUAUGAAUGA